AUGGUGGCAGGAGACUUUCAGAGACUGCCAGAGGGCAGGAGCCAACUGCGACGAAUCUCCCGGACGCCUCGUCCAGACCCGGGGCGGCCGAAGAAGUCACGCAAGAAGCUCCAAGUCAUCAUCUGCGUGCUGCUGGUGGAGCUGUGUGAAAGAUUUGCUUUCUUUGGGAUUGUGUGCAACAUGAUUCUCUUCUGCACUGUGAAGCUCGGCUAUGACAACUACUCAGCUGCGACAGUCAACCUGUGCUUCAUAGGAGCCAGCACCCUGACCCCGGUUCUGGUGGGGUGGUUUGCAGAAACCUUCUUAGGAAGGGCCAAAGUGCUCUACGUGUGUGCUGUUCUUCAUUUCUUUGGUACAGCCAUGCUGCCCGUGGUGGCUUUUCCCUUUGAGGAUUUCUACAUCGACACUCAUCACAUGACCCACCGGCUGGAGCCCCGGGAGCAGCAGAUCUUGUUCUAUACCGGCCUCCUGGCUGCCGCUCUGGGCAUCGGCGGCAUCCGGGCCAUCCUCUGCCCCAUGGGUGCCUACAGCCUGCAGGGCUACAACCAGCACCAGCUCCUGUCCUUCUUCAACUGGUUCUACUGGUUGGUGAACCUGAAUUCCACUGUUGUGUUUCUGGGUAUUGCGUACAUUCAGCAGUCUGUGGCCAAAAAUCUGGGCUUCCUCAUCCCGUUCACCUCAGUGCUGCUGGCGCUCAUCGCCAUACACAUGAUGCGCAACAAACUCACCUACAAACCCAAGAAAGGUGGAUCCUUGCUGACCACACUGGGCGUCUUCCUGAACUCUCUCAAGAUGUGCUGCCUCCACUAUCGGCACCUGAGUGGAGAUGUGGUGUCUUGGUUGGACCGGGCCAAGGAGAACAACGGUGGUCGCUACAGUGAGACGCACGUGGAGAACGUUAAAGUCCUGGCAAAGCUCUUCCCUCUUUAUGGCCUCCAGCUGCUGUACAGAGCCUGCAUCACACAGAUUCCCUCAGGUUACUACAUACAGACGAUGAACUCCAACCUUCACCUGAACGACCUGCUGUUGCCUAUUGGAGCCAUGAAUGUGAUCAGCAUCCUGCCUCUGCUGCUCUUAGCCCCGCUGAUCGAGUGCGUCUCUACCUGCUACCUCUCCAUGGAAAAGGCUCCUAUGGCCCCUGCGAAAGUCAUCACUCUGGGCCAUGCAUGUGCCACUCUGUCAGUCCUGGUGGCAGGUUUGACUGAGCUGCAGAGGAAGACUCAUCCGCUGGUGGAGCAGACGCUGUCCGGGAAGGUCCUGCAGGUGUCGUCCAUGCCGUAUUUCCAGCUGGCUCCCCAGUACAUCCUGCUUGGUCUGGCAGAGGCUCUCGUCACCCCUGCAUGUUCCCUCAUAUCUUUCCAACUGACCCCGAGCCACAUCAGAGGCAUCUCCCUGCACUUCCUCACUCUGUCCUACGGAGGGGGCUGUUUUCUUGGAGCCUUUAUCGUCCAGCUGGCGUACUUUCUCUCUGGAGGUAACUUCUACCCAAACAUACUGCAUGAUGGGAAUCUGGAGAGGUACUUCUUCCUCCUGGCCUCACUGAUGGCUAUUAAUACCCUUGUCUUUUGGAGAGUAUCUUACAGGUACAUAGACCUGAGUGUGCAGGGCAAAGCACUGACCAUCAGCCCUCUGACCGAGAAGCUGCUGCGUUAUAAGGCCUGCCUGCGUUUCUACGACACCGUGGAUCGCUCCUACACAAACAGCUCCAUCGACUCUGUUCUAUGACCGUCUUCGUCACGACCUCAACUCUUAGCGGCGCUGGCGCUGUUACUACUGUGUGUCUAAAUGUGUCACUUUGGAAAAUGUAGCUUGAACUGAAGGAA